UCUGCUUCGUAGUGGUCUCCAUCAUUCAUGUCUUUUGUCACCUUGGCAGGUUAGCAGGUAAGGAAGGUGACUUGAACACACUGGUAGCAUGAAGGAUUGGUGCUAUAGCAACAUCCAGGCAGAGCUCAUAGCGCUGGGCGACUGUCCACCUUGACUUCUACUAGACUGUUCAUGGACCAGCAGACCCAGGAGGAAAGGAGUGCAUGAGACAGCUUCCAGAUGCUCUGCAGGAAAGGCCACCUCCUGGAAGUGGCUCUUCUCUCCCUUCCCCAUGCCCCACUUUCCUGAGAUACUCCAGGGAUUGUACCAUUGACUAUAGCUUCCUAGGCCAAUCCUAAUUCAGCCAGAACUCCUCAGAGUGCCCAUAGCCCCUGCCCACAAAGACCUCCUUUCUAACACCCCAGUGCUGCUUUUGUCUCAUUGGACAGCCAGGGCUAGGGGAAGUUUGCUGAUACCCUGGGGUGGAGUGGUAGAGGCUGGCAGCACUGUGACCCAGGGGAGAGCCCCACCCAUCAUUAGGCUCCUCCUAGACAGGAUCCCAUGCUGGGGUUAACUCUCACAGGGGGUCACCCUUCUGAAAUGGAAAAUUAUACUUCCAUUUUCUUUCCCAAAGGGAAAAAGGAAGAAAGAAACAAAAUCGAAAUGACUUCUGACACCUCAUAUUCCAAAGCCGCAGCCAUAAAAGGCCUCCCUGGCUUUGCCCCAGCCCAGACCCUCUCCCUUGAGAGAGCUCACAGCUGCAGGGCUAAUGUCAGAUGUGCCCCCUGGAACAAGGUGUUAGACCAUGGAGAGGACACCCACAGUCCUGCAGCUUUCACCCAUGGCAUCCGAGGGCAGCUGAUGUUGCCACAGCUUCUGAAGUCAGCCCUCCGUCCACCACGCCUUCCUACAUCAGCUCCAUCUGCGUUCUAGUCACUCAACCUACCCCAGACUUGCAAGGGAGGAGUCAGCAAGCCCAGAGCCUCAACUUUCAGGAGGAGAUGCUGAAUGUAAUGAACUCGGUUUACAUUUCAGGGCUGCAAUUCCUCUUACCUUUCACGUGAACUCACAGGCGGAUUAAACCGAAAUAAAACCUACCA